AUGAAGGAUCAUCUGUCACUCAUCGACGACGAACUCAUCCGCACCCUGAACCUGAAAGGCGAGAGCCGACAGCUGAAUGUGCAAUGGUUUGGUGGAAAAUCCGCCAAAGAGCACACGAAGGUGGUCAGCCUGCAGAUCAGCGCAGCGGGCAAACCAAAGCGCCAUGGGCUGAAAAAUGUGUACGGAGUGGCCAAUCUGAACCUUCCGAUGCAGAGCCUGCGUCAGGAGGAUGUACAAGCAGUGAAGGCGAACACGCGUCUGCCGGUGAUGCCGUACAACAAUGCGACGCCGAGGAUCCUAAUUGGACUGGAUCAUGCGCAUUUAGGAGUACCCUUCAGAACCAAAAGUUAUGGAUCUGGAGGGCCGUUUGCAGCAGACACCGCACUUGGAUGGGUAGUAUAUGGACCGGUGAACGGAAAGCCGAGCUCGCCGCUUCUGAGUUCGUGCCUCCUAGCUGUGCCCCAGGAUGAUCUUCUGGAGAAGAUGGUCAGCGACUACUUCGAGACCGAGAAUAUCGGAGCGAAGCCGGUGCAGACAGUCGCAGCUGGCAGAGUGGACCUGGAGCCGUCAGUCGGAGAUAGCGGCGACGCACGGGCCCUGAGCACCCUGGAGAAGACCACCAAACGUGUAGGCCAGAGAUACGAGACCGUGCUGCUAUGGAAGGACGACGAAGUGAGAUUGCCGGAGAGCUACAGCAUGGCCCUCAGGAGGUUCGUCAACAUAGAGCGUAAAAUGAAGCGCGAUGUGGACUUCGCGUCGGCUUAUAUCCGGAUAAUGGACGAUUAUGUCAAGAAGGGAUACGCACGACGACUGCCGCACUUCGGAGUGGAAAACCCGAACAAGCCUGGGAAAAUCCGGCUGGUUUUCGAUGCGGCUGCCAAGGUGGACGGUGUGUCUUUAAAUUCAACGCUACUGAAAGGCCCACAGCGCUACAUGCCCCUCCCAGCAGUGCUCUUCCAUUUUCGGGAAGGAGCGGUUGGAGUUUGUGCAGACAUCAAGGAGAUGUUUCAUCAGGUACUGAUGGAGCCGAAGGACAUAUGCCCCCAGAGGUUUCUGUGGAGAGACGAAGACGAGAUGGCAGUAAUGACGUUCGGAGCGGCCUGCUCACCAUGUUCGGCGGACUACGUGAAGACCGUGAAUGCCUUGCGGUACAGCAGCACGGACCCGCGAGGGUCCAGGGCUGCCUGUCCAUCAACGAAUACCACUACGUGGAUGACUACGUCGAAAGUUUCGCCAGCGAGGACGAAGCUAUCGCCAUCUCGACACGGUUCGGCAAGUGUGGUCAGAGCGCUGAACCCACUUGAGCCCAUCGCCAGCGUCGGAUGGACCGAAGCUGAGGAGAAGGUGCUUGGGAUGUACUGGCAGCCGGCUACCGAUGAGUUCAAGUUCGGCGUCAAGUACCAUCGAGUCCCGAGGAACAGAGGAGUCAACUGGGACGAGCCGCUACCGGAUGAAUUGGCCGCAGCCUUCGAGGAUUGGCGGCAAGGGAUGAGUCGGAUCCAGGAGUUCCGAUGCCCGCGCCACUACUUUGGCGGCGGACGCGUGCGGACGCUACAGCUGCACAUCUUCGUGGACUCCAGUCAAUCGGCGUUCGCAGCAGCGGCCUACUGGCGGGCCAUGUACGAGAACGGAGACGUGCAGGCGCACUUCAUAAGCUCCAAAACGAAAUGCGCCCCGAUGAGGACCAUGUCAUUCCCGCGACUGGAACUCCAAGCAGCGGUAUUUGGCACGAGAUUGAUGGUCAUCGUCAAGCAGGAGCACGGUGUGGCGAUCAGCAGCUGUGCGCUAUGGACGGACUCCAAGACUGUGUUGCACUGGAUAAGCAACACCCACCGGAGAUACAAACAGUUCGUCGGAAACCGGGUGGCGGAGAUUUUGGAAUCGACAGAGGCGUCCCAGUGGAGAUGGAUCCCGUCCGCCGAAAACGUGGCGGAUGACGCGACAAGGCCGCGCAAGGCCGUGGACCUGAGCAUCGGUUCGCGAUGGCUAAGCGGACCGCCGUUUCUACGAGAACCAGAGGAGAGCUGGCCGAGAUCGAGCGAGGUCUGGAUUCCUUCGACGACCGACGACGAGGAAAUGAAAUGUGAGUUUGCCUUGGGCACGGUAAACUUUAUAUCCCUGCAGAGGUUCUCCAGCUAUAAUCGACUGGUGAGGACGACUGCGUGGGCGCUCAGAUUUGUUCGACGAUGCCGUGGAAUACGUCGCGAUGAAGAGGUCUACGGAUUGACCGCGAUGGAGUGCGCUGAAGCAGAGCGCGCAUUGAUACGGCAGUCGCAGCGAGAAGCGUUUGCUGAGGACAGCCAAGGAAACGUCGCCAAGGACAGCCGACUGCACGGACUGUCCCCAUACCUUGACGAGGACGGAGUAUUGGGAGCCAGUGGAAGGAUCGACGACGCGACGUGUGUGCCAUACAACGCACAUCGGCCGAUCAUACUGUCUUACGAGGAGGCGCUGGCGGAAAUGAUCGAGCAGCAAAACCACGAAAAGAUGUGCCACCAAAACACGGAGGCGACGAUCGGAUCGAUUCGGAGCAAGACGUCGCACAGAGAAGAGGUGGGUGGCACUGUUUACGUGCCUGACCACGAGGGCUAUCCACUUGAAGAUGGCUCACGAUUUGUCCACCGACUCCUGCAUAAUCGCCAUGAGGAACUUCAAGAGCCGCCGUGGACCAGUGAUCAGGAUAAGGAGCGACAAUGGGAAGCCGACCGCGAGGCCAAGAGGUUCAGCGAAGUGUUCGAGCCUGCACAGAUCCAUGGCGAGCUGUCUUCUAAGGGAGUCGAAUGGAUCUUCAACUGCCCGGCGAACCCAGCUGAAGCCGGUGCCUGGGAGAGGAUGGUGCAGUGCGUGAAGAAGGUGCUGGCGCACACAAUGAAGGAGCUCGCCCCCAAGGAGCAUGUACUGGAGAACCUGCUGAUUGAGGCGGAGAGCAUCGUAAACUCUCGUCCGCUCACUCAUCUACCGGUGACGGUGGACCAGGAGGCUCCACUGACGCCUAACGAUUUGCUGAAAGGAGCAUCGGAUAUCCCAGAUCUCCCCAAGGAUGAUGGACAGGAGCCCGUGAGGUCCGCUACUAGGAAGCAGUGGCGCAUAGCAAGGAUGAUGCGCGAUCGUUUCUGGAAGCGUUGGGUGCAUGAGUACCUGCCAACUCUUGUGCGCAGGGAGAAAUGGUGCAAGCGCGUCGAACCCAUCCGUCGAGGAGACCUGGUAUUCAUCUGCGAUCCAGCCAUACCACGAAGGGAAUGGAAACGAGGCGUCGUGGAAGAGGUGUUCACCGGGAAGGAUGGAGUACCUCGUCGAGCAGCGGUGCGGACUACCGAUCGAGCCAAGACUAUGCGUCCCGCUUUGAAGCUAGCUAUCCUGGACGUGAUGAAUGCGGCUGCUUCACGGGGGUGGGGAUGUCGCGGAACGGAUUAG